CAAAUUCGAAUUUAAAGUACCUGGGCAGCUGGGAAGUCGCGAUCCGCAUCACGCGUCUUAUGAAACUCUAUUCACGGGACUUUUUAUACAAUUACAAACUAAAGCCUGACCUUUUUUAUACCACAAUAAAAGGCCUACUCUGUCCAGAUACACGCCUCUUCAUCUCUUAUUGCUAUAUUUUAGAUCCCAUGUUGUCAGAAAACGUGCCCAACGUUACCUAAUGAACAUUAUACACGCGUUCGCUAUGAAAGCUAAACCCCUGGAAAUUAUCGAGAUAACAGGAUUACGAACUUACAAUAUUUCAACUUAUUUUUAAGCUCUUAGGGUGAAUUUCAUUUUAAUCGACGCUUAUACUACACUCCGCAAGACUACAUUUAUCUUAGCAAUUCGCCGAAGUUAACGAGGUUAAGUGAGAGUGAGAGUUAGCCGGAUGUCAACCCCUAUCGUCUACGAAGGGGCCAUAGCCCGUAAGAACCCUUCUCAGAAUGGCCUGUUUAGCGACAUGCGUUUUUGGGUAGCACAUCGUGUGCCACAGCGGCUCCAUUUUGUUCAAAUGAUUCAGAACAACGGGGGCCAGAUAGUUUCUCUCGAGAAGAAUGCCGAUUAUCUGAUCGCCGACCACGCCAAGAAGAAUGCUUGUCCACCUGAAUCAUAUUCUUAUAAGUGGAUCGAGGAGUCUUGUAGAGCUGGCGUUCUGAAGGAACCCGAAAAUUACUUGUGUGUUCCUACUAAACAGAGUGUGCCUACUAAACAGGGUGAGCCUCGACCUUCUGGCUCGGCCGCUCCUCUGAAGAGUACACGGACCAAGUUUACCGCCGAGGAUGACCUGAUCCUCAGGAGAUGGGUUGCCAGUAACGAGAGAAAAGGCGAGUCAGUAGCAGGAAAUGUAAUUUAUAAAGAGCUCGCAGAUAAGUACCCGCACCAUACUUAUCAGUCGUGGCGAGACCGGUGGAUCAAAAAAUUGCAACAUCUCCCUCAGCCGAAAGAGUCUGAUAGAACGCCGUCUCCUCCGCCAACUAGGCGAACGGCUGGCACUUCGGCCCAUGCAUCUCCCAAGACUCCUGGAUCUCUUGGGAGGCGCGUGCCUACUCGGAAUGCUGCCGCUACCCGGGGGCGGGCUAAAUUUACCAAAGAGGACGAUGAGCUGCUCAUGCAACACGUCAUGGAAUGCGCACGUCAGGGCAAGCCAAUUGCAGGGGUAAAGAUUUUCCGUGAUCUCGCUAACGACUUCUCGCAUCAUACAGAGCAAUCAUGGAGGGCUCGUUGGGUUAAGGUACUUGAACCGAGAUUUACGACGCGACCUGCCGAAGAGGAACCCGGAGAGGAACCCGAAGAGGAACUCGAAGAGGAACUCGAAGAAGAGCCCGAAGAGACGGCAAAAGCAGUACUAGAUACGCGAGUGGAAGCCGAACAGCCCCACAACACAAUAACGCCGCUAAAGAGCCCUCGAAUACGAAGUUCGGCGCAUGCAGUGCAUACUGCAAAUGAAGUGCCGACAGUUGUUACUAGUCCAGCCGAGGAUAAUGUAGUUGAUAAUAAAGGUAAAGGACACCAGAUUCUUCAUACUGAAGUUCGGACAAUACCCCAAGCACCUAUACAGGAACCAGAGGAACCAGAGGAACCAGAGGAACCAGAGGAACCAGAGGAACCAGAAGAACCAGCAGUCGACCUUGAUCAAUCAUUUCCUGGUGAUACCUCUAUGAAGGAGCAAUUCCUUCGCGAUUACCAGGAAUACGUGGAAGCCGAAGGACUCCAAUUAGUACCCUGGUUCACGAUAAAAGGGCGUACGUUCGAACUUUGGGAUUUAUGGGAAGCUGUCGCCUCUCAGAAGAUGGACCCUAGUGAACGCGACUGGCAACAAAUUGCGGAAAAGCUUGGGUUCGACUGGGUUCGGCAUGAAACCGUUCACGAUGAGAUCAGAAAGUGUUAUGAGAAAUAUCUUGCCGCUUUUGAAGAAAUUUGGGAGAGUUUCGAAGACGAAGAAGAGUCAAAUGCUGAAGAACCUCUACCAUCAUCACCACCAAUUAUGCCCUCAUUAAAACGAUCAUUUGACGCACAUCGAUCGCCGUCCGAUCAUACAUACCCACAGCCGUCACCUAAGCGGCGAAGAAUCAAUCGGGACACGGAGAUUCCGUCUACUCCCGAUCAUAUGAAUCAAACUUCUGGUGUGGGCUCCCAAGCUGAUAACGGCAUAACCCUUAGCGCUAGACGGUCGACCCAGCGUGCUGUAGACAAGAGAACUGGAGAGAACGAAUCUCGAGAUGCAGUCCCUGAGCUUCCAGUCUUUGAAACCCAGGUAAAUUUUGAGAUGGAGUCACAAUGCAAUAUUACCCCAUCGCAACAGCUUUAUCAAGAGUCAGAUGCAAUAUCUCCGAAUCUUGCAGAUGCAUCACCUACGCCCAAGGCUGGAACUCGGAUCACCAAUCCAGGAACCCCUACACCGAAAAGAUCAAUCCGGAUCCCUUUCCGAGAAGACUCCGAUGACGAGAUGACAGGACAAACAACCACCAGACAUAGCAAUGAUAAUUUUGUAAAGGUCACUAGUGCAGGGAAAACUAAGCGCCGUUCCCUACCGAAAUCUUAUGCUCAAAAAUCACCGCCUAUUAGCGGUGCUUCCACUUCGGUAGUAGCUCCCAGAGAAGAUAUUCAACACUCACGCCUAGAGCGGUCUCAGCUAUCACGUCGCUUAAGUCCGCCUAAAGAAACGCCGGAAGAUAUCAUCGAUCGUUUUUGCUCUCUAGGCUAUCCGAGAGGGAUAGUGCUCCAAUCGCUACGGGCCACGACGUGGCGUCUCGGUGAUGCUGGUCAGGUCAUGGAAAUACUGAAGCGAGGUGAAGAGCUGCCACAGAGGACCCACGGAGUCUGGACACAGCGCGAUGAUGAUGCAUUAAAGUUGGUGACAUCGGACGAGCCUCCAAAGGAUGACAAGGAGAAGAGGAAGCGUGUAAAGGCUCGAGAACGGCUUGAGAAGAAGCAUGGUUCAGAGUUGAUGGAGCUUCGGCGCAAGUAUUUGUGGGAAGUUGUGUAAUACCCGGGCUAUACUUGUACUUAGCUGUGAGGUAUUGUGCCUGUGCGUUAGGCAUUGUUAGAGUCAUUACAUGCUUACAUGGUACGUACAUGUACGUAGGUUAUGUAGUCCGGAGAUAGGUAUAAAUGUACCUGAACUCUAUGUUAGAUUAUAACCUCUAUAAGUUUAAAGAUGUUUUUUAAUAUUGAAGGGAAAAAGUCAAA